AUGAACUGGGAGCGCGUCGCCUCCACCUGGCAGACAGCUUCCCCAGCCUCACGAGUAAUCGUCACCCUCAGCACCCUCUCCCUCACAGCCCUUCUCAUCUCAAUCAUCUACGAACUCUACUUCUCACCCCUCUCCAAGUUCCCCGGCCCAAAACUCUGUGCCAUCUCCCGCAUCCCCCAUCUCAUAGCAACAGCCAGCGGGCGCCAACUCCCUUGGCUCAUCAAUCUACACAACAGAUACGGCGGCGUUGUUCGCAUCGCCCCAGAUGCUCUGACUUUCACUGAUGAGCGCGCCUGGGCUGAUAUCUGCGGUGCAUCGAAAGCUGCAAAAGAUGGAAUGGCGAAAGAUCCUCGUCUUGCAGCUUUGGUGGGCGGUGAUUUGGUGAACCCUGAUCCUGCGAAGCCGAGAUCGCAGCAGACUCAUAGUAUCAUGAGGAAAGCGAUGGUCCCGGCGCUCAAGCGUGAGAAUGUUAAGAAGCUUGAGGGUAUGAUCAAUGGGCAUAUUGAGGAGUAUCUCUCUGCUCUGCAGAAGGCUAGUGAAAGGAAAGAAGCGGUUGAUAUGCGCGAUAUGAACAGUUUUCUCAUCUGUGAUCUCAUCGCGGAUCUCUUCCUCGGCGAAUCACUUCACUUGUUCACAGAUCCAGAGUUCAUUCCCUGGGUUCACUCCUUCGAUCGCUUUGCUCGAGGCGUCACAAUCCUCGCUGUUCUCAACCGCUUUCCCUUCUUACACAAAUUCCUACUCUUUGCUGUUCAUCGCUGGGGAAGUGGUGAGCGUGACUCUUUCAUGGCGCCCAUCUUUGCACGUUUUGAUCGUCGUGUCGCUCUCACUUCAGCUCGCCAUGACAUGCUGCAAAUGGUUCUAGAUGGCGACACUGAAGGCACAGGGCGUCAGGGAACUAUGCCUCUUGACCUGCUACGAGAGUUCGCACCAUUCCUGAUGCUAGGCGGCUGUGAGGCUAUGCCUACUGUUCUGACCGGUUUCGUCUACUUCGUCUUUCGCAAGAAGAGUGCGGACAUCAGAAAAAGGCUUCUUGAAGAGGUUCGCGGAGCUUUCUCUAGUGAUUCUGAUAUCACAAUGGACAAGAUCAGCCAGUCUCAGAAAGACCUACCGUACCUGGAGGCAUGUCUUCAAGAGUCUAUUCGCUGCUACUCACCCGCUGCAACCGGUACCGACCGUGUAGUACCUGGACCUGGUGCUCAGAUCGCAGGUCAGUUUGUGCCCGGUAACACGGUGGUGAUGAUGCUUCACCAAGUCACCUACUCAGUCAAGCAAAACUUCUCAAGAGCUAGUGAGUAUGUACCUGAGAGAUGGCUUCCCGAAGGAAAGGGUCGGCCCCAGGAUUGUAUCGAUGAUGUGAGGGGCAGUGUCCACCCGUUCUCGGUUGGCCCACAGUCUUGCUUCGGACAAGAGUGA